AUGAACAUUACUGAAGAUCAGCUUAACAUGUCCAUCCAAUAUUGCUUUCCUGACAAUAACGCAUCUUGCAGAAAGGAGCUCCACACUCCCACCAACCUGCUCAUCCUCUCUCUGGCUGUGGCGGAUCUUCUCGUGGGACUGAUUGUUAUGCCUGUGAAAAUAGUGGAGCUUAUUGACUCCUGUUGGUAUCUUGGAAAAAUUGCAUGCUCUGUUUCUCCAAUAAUCUUUGGUCUCCCAAUGUCAGCAUCUCUCUGUAGCCUGGUUUUCAUUGCAAUUGACCGGUACAUUGCUGUGAGUGACCCUCUGCUGUACUCUACGAGAGUCACAGUUUGUAAAAUGUCAAUGCUCAUAAUUAUAGGAUGGUCAUUUUGUUUAUUUUAUGUCAUUAUCUAUACCCACUUUAAUGAUCACCUUCUUCAAUCUCAAAUCCAAUCCACUGGUUGUUAUGGGGAGUGUGUCUUAUUCAUCAAAUAUUCCUGGGUGAUUAUUGACCUGGUUAUUUGUUUUCUAGCCCCUUGCUCUGUUAUACUGGUCUUGUAUUUAAUCAUUUUCAAUGUGGCCAAACGUCAAGCUAAAGCUGUUAAAGCUGUGAGGAACAAAGCCACAAAAAAACAUGGAGCCAAAGUUUCCAGUUCCUCUGAAACCAAAGCGGCGAAAACACUGGGAAUUGUCAUUUUUGUUUAUCUUGCUUGCUGGAUUCCGUUUUAUGUGAGUUCUCUGUCAGUUGAAAGUGUCACAACAGUAUCAAUAGUGUGGACUGUGUUUGGAUGGCUAAUGUACCUUAACUCCUCUGUGAAUCCUUUAAUAUAUGCCAUUUUCUAUUCAUGGUUCAGAGAAUCAACUAAGUGUAUUUUAUCUUGUAGAAUAUUUGAAUCCUCAUCUUCAAGGUUUAAUUUGUUUUCAGGACGUUUUUAA